AUGCGAUUCCGAAGAACAGUCGGAAUGCGGUUUUUCCAGGCUUUCCGAAGACGUUCCGCGCCGGAGACUCAAUCCGAUCUCGUCAGGUCAUCGUCAGUUUCGCGAAACGAGGUCGCAGAUGCUGCUGGUGAUUCGAACGUGUCGUCAACGACGACGGCCGUCAAGAGCAAAGACGGCGGACGUCGACUGACCCGUUUCCUCCGUCGCAUCAAGAGUCUCAACAAAGAUGGCAGGAAAGACGACAAGUUGCCUGUGAUGCGACCUGACCUGAUGAUGAUGGCACCCGACGACGACGGCGACGACGACGACGAGAAGCCGCGAAUAAAACAGGUCGAACAUGUCACCGAGGAUCCUCAAGUCGUGUUGCAUUCUGGUGUUUCGAUCAAAACCCCUGAUUUGCCUGCAUCAGACAAUAAUGACGGGUCGUGUUUUAUCGCUGACAACAACAAUGAAGAGGAAACGACGACGAGGAACGGAGCGUACUUCAUUCAGUCGAUAACAAUACGUUCUACAGAGCAAAGCGGCGUAGAGUCAGCAUUUGGACAAGGUCUGGUGCGAUCAACUUAA